AUGAUGUCUGAUGAUACAAUUUUCCGCUCUGUUCCCCAACAAGCCCAGUUGAUCGACAUCAAGAUCAAAGGUCUCGGCGUUGUCUUCGGUAAACCUGUGGUUAGUGCUGUUGCUCCUACGAACGAUUGGGUUAACUAUCCUAAGUCCUCGACAAUAACAACAGCUGGUUCCGAAGACGUCGAACAGUGGCCCGGACUCAAUGCCACUACUGAUAUGCUCCAAUAUGAUGACCUUGCUAGGACCUUGGAUUAUGCUGUCCCCGAUUUUCACGACGAGAAGGUCCCCCUUGCAAUCUUUGAUGUGUCUAAGCCUGAGACUCGAGGAUAUCGUGCUCUCUGUGAAGAGUAA